AUGCAAGAAGCCUUCUCUUCCAACGAUUAUCUCCGUGAAUUAUCUCCACCUAUGCAGUUUCUUCUUAAGAGGGUCUAUGUCACCUUAUUAUGCGCUCUACUUGCGUUUGCCUUUGGAUCUUACCUCCAUAUGCUCUGGAAUGUUGGUGGAAUCGUCACUAGUUUAGGAUUCUUUGGAGGAGUGCACUUGUUGCGUUUUACUACUCCAAAUGAACAAUCAUCAAAGCGUCUCUCCCUUCUGUUUCUCUCUGCACUUUUAAAGGGUGCUUCCAUUGGUCCCAUGAUCGAAUUGGCCAUUGAAGUUGAUGCAAGCUUCGUGGUCACUGCAUGUGUGGCAACAGCGGUUCCAUUUGCUUGUUUUGCGACUGCAUCAAUGUUGACAAGGCGCAGAGAGUACCUUUACCUUGGAGGUGUGCUUUCUUCUCUAGUUUCCAUCCUCUGGUGGCUGCAGUUUUCCUCUUCAAUAACCCAUGGCUCUGCAUCUGUCUUCAUUUUCAAUCUUGAGCUAUACUUUGCACUCUUCAUCUUUGUGGGUUGCAUAGUGGUGGACACACAUAUGAUAAUUGAGAAAUCACACGGUGGUGACAUGGACUAUGUGGGACAUUCUCUUACCUUUUUCACUAAACUCAUUGAAGUGCUUGUUUUCAGCUUCUUCAUUGUAAGUUCUUCUUUUCUUGAAUCCUUUGUGGACUUCACUUAAUGUCUCUCUAUCUAUAACACAACACAUUAUUCUCCCCCUUUUUGUGUGCAGGUGAUUAAAUUAGCAUUCACGGA